UUUCAGUCACAUGUCUAAUUUCUGAUAAACGUGGCAAAAAAGGUUUGACACGAUGUAUGAUAUGUACAAUAUGUACAAUAUCGGAGGGUCUCUUACGUUGAAAAAAACAACAACACUCAAUGUCUGCAAGUUACGCCUCCACACAUGCUUCUUCCCAUCAUAAUUCUAACAGUAAUAAUAAUAUGUUUAUAAGGAAUGAAAUAAGUCAGUAACUUAAGGUACAGCUGUAUUUUAAUAGACACUUGUGGCUAAGAAGCGAAACAUGGAGAGUCUCCGUUGCAGAAACACACGAAUGCAGUGAAUGAACUGAGUGAUAAUUGAAAACAGCCUCUCAAAUACCCAUAUAACUGCCCUUAAUUUCUCAUUAUAUUAUUUUAUGUAAUACAAUAUCACUUGAGAGAAAUUCGUUUGUCGUUGAAUAAAAAGUAAUACAGUACAGUACACGUGGAGCCUCAAAUCAUGUUUUUUUCUCAAUAAGAACCCCAGGGCGUCACAGUUCUUGUAUAGGAGGGUCUGAGUCUCCGACAGUAACUUGUUUGCGAUGGUACAGUCGCAUUCGCCCGUGUAGCUUGCCUUAUAAUCUGCAAAGAGGACAGCUCUGUUUGCAUUUUUAAAAUCAUCAGCAGCUACUGUAUGUUUAUUGUUCUGACAAAGCAGGUCAAUUUCAGCAGGGAGCGAAGUGGGGCUCAGGCGCCAAGGUGAGCGUGUGAGCGCAGCUCUUGAUGUGAACCCAAUAAGACCUUGAGCUGACACCACACUGACUCAAGUCUUUCGGCUCCGCUGCACACUGUAACCAAAUUGGGACUGCGCUGCCUUGCGAGUGCUUCGACUAAAACGAAACACAGAAAACUGUAAAUUCCACACAAUGGCUCAAAUGAUGUGUCAUCCAUCUGGCGCCGAGUUAAUGUGGAGUGCGUUAUUUCACUCUCCCGUGACGUAUGACAUCACUGAGACGCUAUAUUCGGCUCGUACGAGGUUGUUAAUUUUCAGCUGGGCGUGAUUUUUGCACCUUCCUUUGGCACCUUGUGAUUUUCUUCCAACACAACACAUUCAUGUUCGUCACUACCUCAUCCUUCAUCUGCUCAAUUCCCACCCCCACCACCCACCCCCGUCCUUUCGUUUUACCCCUUCUCUAUAAUUGGUUUCUAUUUUCGGGCAUCCAUAAGAGUCUCUGUGUCUUGUGUUUGUGUCUCGCACCCCAUUUUCAGAUUCUCCGCCAUCGUCACCCUCUGCUGUUAUCGCUCUCCAUCUUACCGUUUGCCUGUACGGCCACUCCUACCAGUCUAUGAUUCCGGUUUCAUUUUGACACAACCUCAUAUCACCCAUUUUAUCUCUUAUGUGCGGCCAUUAAAUAUGAUUAACGGCGCACCGAAGACCAAAAUUGCAAAAUAACAUCGGGUGAAGUAUUGCGAAGCGGAGUAAAGUGAGGUGAAUAGCUCUCAUGACCUAAUUCAGGUAGUCUGGGAAAUGCAGUCAGCUGACGCUGGAGGAUAUAUUUAGUCGACAGCCCCCCCCCCCCCCAAAAAAAAAUGCACAGGUUAGUUUCAUACUUAUGAGUACAUAAGAUUAUAUGUCACACAGCUUUAUAUUCAUCAGUGCCAAGACAAUCUUAAAAGGGGAGUGGAAAUGAGAAGUUGGCAGAGGGAGGGAGACAUAAUGUAGGCCUUGGUUGGCUGAUGGGUGUCUCUAGAGAAGCAGCUUGUGUUUAAAAGACCCAAAAGGAGAAAGGAUGAGAGGCUGUCAGAUAGUUUUCACUCGUGAGUGGAGAAAAAUGAGGAUCUCUCAUCAGAGCAAAAAAACCUCACCGGGAAGGCCCGGAAGCUGCAAAGCUACAAGCCAAACGUCGCAGAGACGUCCCGCGCUCGUUCGGACUCGCCGCAUUCGAUCGCCACCGCCUCGAAAUACUCUUUCACGCAAGCAGCACGCUCACGGUGGGCAGACACGCAAGCUGCCCUUGCACGUGACACCGGCGCGCAGGGCGAGCGCACAGCCGGCGCACGGCUGGCUGACGCUGGCGUGCGACCAGCAGACGGCACACGGCGCUCACUCGGGUUGCACCUUCUACUGCUAUUUCUGCUACUGCUGCUACUGCUGCUGCCUCACGUUGCUCUCCUUGUCUCUCCUCCUCCUCCUCUCUCCACUUCCCCAUGAUCCGCCCUCUGACUCCUUCCCCACCCAUCCUUCCGCUUCCUCUACCCCCUUGCCAACAUCAACUUCCUGUGUUGACGAACUUUCGAUCCAUCCUGACGUCAACCUGACGGUUUCUGCCGCGAUUUCCUGCUGCCCUCUGUCACCUUGCCGCACCUCUGAUGGUUCUGUCGCUCUCCACUACACAUCCUGCCCUGAACAACUCACUCCCUCCUGCCCUAACACCUCUCCUACUUCCUCUUCCGACUCCUUCUCCUUCCAUCGCCAUGUCCUUUGCCGGCCGUGGCCAUCUUCUCGUUCUCUUUCCUCCCUGCUCCUCUGCCCUCCCAGCUUUGGGGAUCCGGUAUUGUCCUACGCGUCCACUCUGGAACACAUUCCCACUGGGCCGACUCGCCCUCGGACGCUGCUACGCCAGCAGAGUCUCCAACAGCCCCUCAUGAACCCGCCGGGCUCUGGAUUUGGCCAUCCGCCCACCACAUCCCAGAGUUUGGGACAGUUACACACAGCACCUGGACAUCCUGGGGGAGGCGGGGCUGCUGGGAGAGGAGAGGCAGGUGGUGGCGCCGGCGAGGGCGGAGGUGCGGGUAAAAGAGCUGUUCCACGGACCGCACGAGGCAGCCCCGCAGGAGCGGGCGCCACUCGCUAUAGAGGAGGCGGCGCAGGAGGGCGCUCGCGUGCCAAUCCGGGCAGUUGGGAUUACAUGAUGGACCAGAUCCGGAAUCGCGGUAUGGACGUCAAAUCCUUCCUUGAAGGGAAGCUGGUGGUCCUAUCUUUGGCCAUCGGUGUGGCCGAGCAAGACGACUUUGCCAAUAUCCCUGACCUGCAGGAAACGCAGCAGCAGACAGUCCCGGCAGCCGGUCAGGAGCCACCCCUCGAGAAGAGGGGCAACAAGCCAGCCAACAGUCCCAAAGGCCAACCGCCCGAUGCUGACGGCCAUUCCUCCGUUACCGACCUGGCUAACUCCCUCACUGGAGACAUGGUGAUGCUAUCUCCGGGUUCAGAGGACGACGACGGCGAGGGGCCAAUCAGUGAGAAGCUGGGUCGGAUCCAGUUCAGUAUAGGCUACAGCUUCCAAAACACAACCCUGACUGUCAAAGUUCUCAGGGGCCAGGAGCUCCCAGCCAAGGACUUCUCUGGCACUUCGGAUCCCUUUGUCAAAAUCUACCUGCUGCCUGACAAGAAGCACAAGCUGGAGACCAAGGUCAAGAGGAAGAACCUCAACCCCCAUUGGAAUGAAACCUUCCUGUUUGAGGGUUUCCCCUAUGAGAAGGUGAGAGAGCGCACACUUUACCUUCAGGUGUUGGACUACGACCGCUUCAGCAGGAAUGACCCCAUUGGAGAGGUCUCAAUCCCGCUUAACAAGGUGGAGUUGGGUCAGAUAAAGACCUUCUGGAAGGAGCUCAAGCCCUGCAGUGAUGGCAGUGGGAGACGAGGGGACUUGCUGGUGUCUCUCUGCUAUAAUCCCACUGCCAACACCAUCACUGUGAACAUAAUCAAAGCCCGUAAUCUCAAAGCCAUGGAUAUCGGAGGCACCUCAGAUCCGUACGUGAAAGUGUGGCUGAUGCACAAAGACAGGCGUGUCGAGAAGAAGAAGACGGUGACGAUGAAGCGCUGUCUCAAUCCCGUCUUCAACGAGUCCUUCCCCUUCGACGUUCCCGCCCAUGUGCUGAGGGAGACCACCAUCAUCAUCACCGUCAUGGACAAGGACAGACUCAGCCGCAAUGAUGUUAUCGGCAAGAUCUACCUGUCAUGGAAGAGCGGUCCAGCGGAGGUGAAGCACUGGAAAGACAUGCUGGCCCGGCCGCGCACCAACGUGGCCCAGUGGCACGCUCUCAAGGCCUGAUGGCACCGCCCACCUUCCUCCAUGGCCCCUCCUUUCCCCGCACCCUCUCCUCCCGCCCCCCCCCAGUCCCGUCUCCUUAUGCACAAGACUGACUUGCUGCCAGGCCGCGAAACACGGGUACAAUUAGCCAUCUGCUCUCUUAAACCUUUAAACUCUUUUCUCUUGCUCCUUCUUGUCCCUCCUUCGCGUACGCUCCUUUCCUCCACGUCUGUUUUGUCACCGCUUUGUCCGCGCGUCCCCUCUCUCCUCUUUUCGACCGCCCAUAUCUCCUUCUGCGCUUUGUCUGUGGAGGGCGGCCUAAGGUUUUGUUUCGAAAUGCGGACCCCCUUGGUUCCGGAACUGCACUGCACUGCACUGCAGCCGCUGACCCACUGAAGGUGCCAGUCCCGUGGGAUCACAGAGAAUCUUAAGUGAUACAUAAUAUAGUGUAGAAUAAUUCCAGGAACACAAUACUAUCCAUUAUGUACUGUAUGUACAUAAACAUGAAUAGAUUAGGCGAAAUAGAUCCCCCUCCCUCCCCGCAAAACAAAUACCUGUUUCCCUUCAUUCGUCUCCAAUGUACCGUAUCUUGCAUUAUGUUCCUCCCUCCUCUUACUUACACUUAGUGUGGUUUAAUAUUUGGCUUGAGCCAUAGAAAGCAAUCAAUCUUCGUUUUUUUUUUUUUGUUUUUUUUUUCAUUUUUGAUGAAACCAGCUGAGUUCCAGAUGGUAUUGUUGAUACUCGUGUCUCUCUCCUCUUUUCUCCUCUAUUCCCUCAUUUCCUCUUUAUUGUUCCCUCUUUCUUAUCCCCUGGCACGAUAUUAGGGGCCCCCUCUCCCUCCCAACUACCCCCCCCCCCGACAAACACCACCCUCCCUUUGUCGUCUGUGUGCUGUGGGUGCUGUGCUGUAGCUCCAAACAAAAAUAGAGGUUAAAAGACAUACUGUACAUGUACUGAACUUUCCGAAGCUGGGAAAGCGGGCACACGAUAAAACCCAUACGACGGAUCACUCCUGAUUUUUUUUUCCAGACAAUAAGCCCUUGACACGGAGAGAGAAAAAAGAAGACGCGGAGGAUUUAAAAAAAAAAAAAAAAACAACUACAUCCCAGACGCUACGAUGAUGUCAUUUUUCACAGCGAAGGAGAGAACCAGUUUCAAAUCUUCUUGCAACAAAGGCAACGCAAAGUGUGUGCUGUUUUGUGUGCAUGCGUUCCAAUGUGCGCGCUCACUUCAAUUUGUGGAUUGAAUUCUUCGUGCUGCCCUGCGCUCUUCUUGUUUUGCCCCGUUGUGCUGAAGAUCUCAGAGAAUCGCUCCAUCUUCCCGACAUGGUGGCCUCUGUGGCGCAUCCGUAUUAAUGUAUACCUGCUGGCGCAAGCGUGUGCGUGCGUGUGUGUGUGUGUGUGCGCGUGUGUGUUUUAUGCUUGAGCAACACAACUCCGUUGUCGCAGCAGAAGUCUUCUCUUUUCUCUUUCUCUCUUCUUACUGCCAUCGCUUCCCCCAUCCUCCUCUACUGCCCUGCCUUCCGAACGAGGGCGAGGGGAAGUUCUUAUCUGCACUUUUUCAAAAUGUAAUAAUAAUAUGAAUAAUAAUAAUAAUCAUGACAACCUUGAGGUUGAGGAUGGUUUCGAUGACGAUGAUGGUCGCGGUGGAAAUGAAGGGAGGAGUGUGCGAAAGGCGAGAUUGGGGAGAGGCCGCCUCUGCGCUGUGGCUUGAGGGUGUCGAGAUGAGGAAGAGGACGCAGAGGAAGGAUGAAGGGCUCUCGUCCGCCUCUUUGUGCGUCGCUUGUUAUUUUGGAGCACGUGCACCGGCAUGCAUGGGGAUGUUUCCUGUCGAUGGACUGCCGUGGUGAGAAAAGAGAAGCUCGCGCUUGGCUUUGCUUGUCUUCAGGAGGCUUGCCAAGCCGGCAUUGUGAUGACACAAAGUGUGAAAAGCACGAUCCAACGGGGGAGACUGACAUUUUCUGUAUGAUGUUCACAAUGCUGUAAUCAGUCAGUGCCGGAAUGGAUUCAGGCUUUUUUUCUGAUUCCCCCCCCCCCCCCGCCCCCCCUCGUAAAAGACAGCCGAGAAUUUUGUUUCGCACUCCGUGGGUGUGAUUUUUUUUUUGAAGAUGGGCUGAUCUGUGACCGCGAGAUACUGGAAAAGAAGAUCAUCUUUUCCCCCGGGUGCUUGAGACCAGCGCAGGGUUUCAGUGGUUGCCUGCUUUGUCAGCCACAGUCAACUCACAUUCCCUCGCAGUAAAUAAAACAGACAUGCAUGGACAACAUGGAUACUUGCAGACAUUUAAAGCGACUUGCUCACAAAUGUUUUUACAGUCGGAAAAAUUCUUUGAGGCCAAUUCCGAAAACUGGUGAUUCUUUUUUGUUUUCCUCUGUUUCCGAUUUUAAGGACUUCUAUCUGAAGUCGCCGUAUUAGAUUGACAGUUAAAAGUUGAGCAGGGUGUGGUUUCAGCACAUUCAGCUGGGGAAAAAAAAUUUUUUUGAAUCCCCAUUUGGUAUAAUUGGCCAUGUUUUUUUUUUUUUUUUAUCAUUCAAAAUUGGCUGGGUUGUUAACCACACUUUUCUUUGUGGUCUGUCAAAUUUACAAGACAUAUUUAUUUUUGCUUUACAGGGCCUUUAACAGUCGAAGGUUGUUACUGGACAUGGUGGUUGUCAAUGACCAUGCAGUUCGAAAUAAACAGGUGUGUGUGUUUUUGGGUCAUUU